AUGCCUUUUGCGCAGCUGGUAAUAGGCCCACCCGGCGCGGGGAAAUCCACAUACUGCAAUGGCAUGCAUCAGUUUCUCGGCGCGAUCGGGCGCAAGUGCUCGAUUGUCAAUCUCGACCCCGCAAAUGACAAGACAUCAUAUCCGUGUGCGCUGGACGUGCGCGACCUCGUUACAUUGGAAGAAAUUAUGAGCGAGGAUCAGCUGGGACCGAACGGAGGUGUUCUUUUUGCCUUGGAAGAGCUAGAGGAGAACUUUGAUUUUCUAGAAGAAGGGCUAAAGGCACUCGAAGAUGACUAUGUUAUAUUCGACUGUCCGGGGCAAGUAGAGAUCUUUACGCAUCAUUUAUCAUUACGGAACAUUUUUUUCAAGCUUCAGAAGUUGGGAUACAGAUAUUGCACCUGA